AUGUCGACAACUGCCGAAUCAAAGUUUCCAGAGCCAUCUUCUCCUAGAACCUUUUCUUCAACUCAAGAGAAUGAUGAGACUGAAUCCAACAAUUCUAGUAUUUCCAGCACUUCCAGCACUUCUAGCACUUUUAGCACUUUUAACGAAGAUGAUAAAAAGUCCGUACCUACUUCCGACAAUCAUUUAUCUCUUCAUAAUAUUUGUAAUAUCAUUCAAAAACCUUCUCCUGUUAGGUUGCAAAAAUUGGAAAAUGAUUAUACUUCACAAUGUGAAACCGGUGCGAUACCAGAUAACGAAAAUUUUAUGUAUCAUAAGAUUAAUGGUUCCGUCACUCUUAAUGAUAAUAAUGUUCAUUAUAACGAACCUAAUUCAAUCUAUCAAUCAAAUCCAAAACCAAUUCAUGGACAAAAUUUUCAUCCAUCAACAAUGUUAUCCAUAGUUUCGCCAUCAGAAAUUUCUCGUGAUAGGGAUUCAACUAUAUGUACAAAUCCAUUUUGUUUACAAUGUCGAUACACUACUACCCCUCCUCAUCAUACCAAUUUACCUUAUCCUGUUACAUCAGGACCUUUACCUUUUCCUGUUCAAUAUUAUUUUUCUUUACCAAAUAAUGCCAUUUAUUCAACUUGCGUUCCUCCUUCGUCUGUUUACAUUAAUCAGCAACAGCAAGUAGCUCCUGUUUCACCUACCAAUCUCACUUCAGGUGAUUCUGAGUGUAAUGAAUGUACAACUCAAACUAAAAGGAGACGUCGUAGAAAAUCAAAAACUACUUUAAAUUCUUCUACUGAUUAUCAUCCUACGACCAGAUCGGGUGAAAAUUAUCGUUGUUCGAAUUGUGGUACAAGAGAAACCCCUGCUUGGAGAAGAGAUCCUCGAGGCGAAUCUUUACUUUGUAACGCUUGUGGAUUAUAUCUCAAGGUUAAAGGACGUAAUCGUCCUAUCGAAAUUGAUACAAAUGGUGAAAUUCGAUUAGUAAAACUUGGUAGGACUGGUUCUAAUCAACCAAAAUGUCAAAAUUGUGGUGCAAGAGAAACUCCUUGUUGGAGAGAACCUGAAGGAAAAUUAUUAUGUAAUCGUUGUGGUCUUUUCUUUAAACAAAAUGGUUAUAAUCGUAUUGUAACUCCUCAAUCUCCUUAUUAACAUU